AUGCCCUUGUUGAAUGAGCUGCAUAGAUAUAUAAAGAAAAGGCCAUUGAGACCUCCCGCAGACGACCCAGGAUUAGGCUACCUGCUGGGCUUUGACAUUGAAGAGGAGAAACGACAGCCCAUCAAGACCUACAUACGUCAACUGUGGCUUGCUUUCCAGAGCGGUCCAGGUUCCAUGCCGAGGUGCUUUCUCGAUGACAAGUCGACAGAGUUUUCAAAAGAGAUUGACGAGUGGGUUUCGGACUAUGCCAACGAUCCGAACCUUUUGGCAGAAGAAGUCGCGAAAGAUCCCGUUGUUGUUGACCGGCGCACCACGCCCAUCCAAAUUCGUAGUGCGUUCAUGGAAGACACGGCGCACACGUUGCUUGUUACGAGAGACUGGGGUGAACAGCUCUGGGGGCACAGGAAGUACUGUGUAGCCCCGUUAGCAAACGCAAAAGCAAAGAAGGGAGAGGAAAGCCCAGCAUGGCCAAGAGAUCGAGAAACGAUUUCCAUGGCCGUUCGCCGAUGGAUAGCUGCGCGGCUGCAAGAAAAGUUGAACAAUCCGGUAGAGAGGAAGUGGAUCCCUCGUGUCCCGUGUCCGGAAAACCCUGCUGAGAGGCGUGAAUCGAUAGCUGCUAGAUUUGCGGAAAUAGAACGCUACGACUCGGGAGAGGAAACUGAGGCAGUUGCGGAGUUCGAGGUCGAGGAGGUCGAGGAGGUCGAGGAGGUCGCGGAGGUUGAUGCCGUCGAGGAAGUCGUCCCAGAAGAAAGCGAGCAGAACGCGGCGCAACCACCUUGUCCCCAAACACCGGAAGAGCAGCGCAAACGCCGACGUUCUACGAGACAGCGAAAACCUUCAAGGCGUGUGAUUGAUGGCCAACAAUCGUUAUUGUCGCGUGACGUGGCAGACUUUUCAUUAGAUCAAGCCGACUACCCGGCCGACGAACGGAGAACUACCCGCAAAAGAGCACUGAGGUACGCGAAUUUCAUUCCCGAUCUUCGCGAUGAGGCAGAACGAUCUCGAAGUCUUGAUUCUUAUAUCGACCGACGUUUUCCUGACGCCAGUGACGCAUUCCUAUCCGCCCAGUCGGCCUCGAAGAGGAAGCGCAACGAACAGCAAUUUCCCUCCAAGCGUAGUAAGGCAGCUCCAGACUCAGAAGAGCCAAGGGGCCCGCUUCCUACACCCGCAACUAGUAUCUGUAUUGCACAGCUUCCGUCAGAAGACGACCGAAUCUCUCCAACACCGAAUAUUGCCCCCAGUAUGGGUCUUGUAGACGUGGAGAGUUUUGGAACCGACUGCAAUACCCUACCUGCACCAAAGGCACUAGUGUUACAACAAGAUGGUUUAGUUGCCGACAAAGCCGUGCGUCAACAUGAGAACCAGAGCUUUGCUGCAAAUGGUUCGCUUCACCCACAAAAGCCAUCAAGAUCAGGUUGGCAUGAUGUCGUGCUGCUGCCCAGUCCUGAAGAGUCUAGCCCGCUAGAAUCCACAAGAGCGCUAGGGACUGCGCCAACCCUGGAGCACGAUCGGGCCAAGGAAGGAAGACUCGACUUUACAUCAUAUACACCAGCAAACUUAGACAUCGACUUUGAUCAGUAUGCUGAUCCCAGUGCCGACGACUCGCAACUGGAUGUGUCACAAGACCGCGUUUCCGCCGAGGUUGUUCCUGAGACCCAGCAUUUGCCGUUGAGUUCGAACGAAGCGGUAUCAAUUGAACGACAGGGGAAUCUACCCAUGCCUGUUCAGAGCAGUCCCAGGAACGGCCAGCCAUUUACAAAGUUGGCAACCGCUCUUAGCCAUGGACACCAAAAAGUCGAGCUAAAGCCCUGUCUACCACCACUACGGUGGGAAAAUCCCGACUUGAACAUCCUGAGGAGGAUGGUAAACAGUCUUGUAUCCGUUCUCGAUGGGAGUCUCACAUAUGAAUACAUGGUGGAUUGUGCGGUCAUCAGUGUUCAAAAGUCUUUCGAAACAGCCACGAAAGAUUUGCAAGAGCCAGAAGAAACCGCUUUAGGUUGGCCUGUAAGAAUACUCAUUCAUCAUACAGCAGAGUUUGCGAUUCUUCGACGCCGUAGUCGCUUAAACCAGAUCAUUGGCAGUGACAAACCCUGCGCUAGCCCAGUCAGAGACUAUGACAGUACUGCUCUAUUCUCGAAGCUGGAUGAACUGGCACAGUGGUUUAUCAGCAGAAUACCCAAAUGGAGUGAUGGAUGCUGCCAUCUAAAGCUGGCCGCUUGCCACGAUAUGAAAAUCUUGUUCGAAGAGUCGCUUCUUCGGAAACCAGACUAUGAAUCCAACGAAAUCGUCUUCGAUACCUUGCAGGCGUACUCGAAGCUGCACCACCAUCUUUGGAGCAAAUAUAUUUCAGGAGAAGGUGGAUUAAGUCUGGGCGACGAUGACGACUAG